AUGGAAGUUCUCCGGGAGGACCAUGGAUUGAUACUCUGUCAACGAAAGUUCACCAUGGAUUUUCUUAAAGAGAUUGAUUCUGUUAAUUUACGACGUGUUUCUUCACCUUUUGAUUGCAAUGAAACACCCCGUCUUGAUCAUGGUUCUCCUGUUUCUGAUCCCACUUUUUAUCGAUGUCUUAUUGGGAAACUCAACUAUCUCGCUCAUACUAGGCCAGACCUUGCUUAUACAGUUCAACACCUUAGCAAAUUCAUGUCCAAUCCCUGCCAACCUUAUUUGGAUGCUACUCUUCGUGUACUCCGGUACUUGUUGAAAGAUCCCAACUUAGGCCUUUUUAUGUCCUCUUCCCCUUGUUUUAAAAUUCUUGCCUUUUGUGAUUCAGAAUGGGCUAGAUGCCCUGAAACUCGUCGUUCUGUCUUCGGAUUUUACAUCUCUCUUGGUACUUCUCCUCUUUCUUGGAAAUCCAAAAAGCAAGCUUCCAUUUCCUUAAGCUCGGCUAAAGUAGAGUAUAGAUCGAUGAGGAGAGUGGUGGCGAGAUCACUUGGUUGGUUCGUCUUCUUCACGAUUUAA